CCGCGGGCAUUGCGGGACCCUUCGGACGCCAAGUUGCUUCGUGGGCUCUGGGCAGCCCUGCCACCGGUGACCGCCCCAUCAUGGAUGGAGAAGGACUUUUUGAUGAAGAAGCCCAGACGGUCGAUGCCAGCCAAGGUGAUUUGGCUGUCAAGAGAUUUUGACAAAACCUCCCAGUUUCCUUUGGGGAAUCCGAAUGAGGGAGAUUUACAGACACCUUCAAGCCAAGGACAUUUCUGUAUAAUCAGUGGAUGAAAGGGUUUUCUCAGACUCUUUUUUCCCCCAUCUCCCUUUUUUCCUGGAGGAUUAAACCACUGCAGUCUACACUUCCAAUGGAAGCCACAAGGCAUGCCAUGUAGCAGAAGCCUAGAGAGCCCUCCGAAUUGUUGUGGACCUUUCUUUUGGCUUAGGGGAGUUGAACACGUGCCCUCUUCCUUGCCCCUCAGCUCCUCCUGCACUAGCUUCUGCUCAGUCUCUCAAAGCCCAUUGUCAUUUUCUGAGUUAGAUUCUGUUUCCAAAACUGUCUUCAGGAGCUAAAAGUGGAUUGGAAGCAAUGAGAGAUUAAGUGCUAGGAGAAGAGGAAGCACCCUCUGUGUUGUCCCCUGCCCACUGCCAACAUGAAGUGCUUUCUCCCUGUGCUGAGCUGUCUGGUUGUGCUGGGUGUGGCGUUAGCACAGCGGCAGGUAGCCGUUCAAGAGGGGCCACUGUACCGCACUGAGGGCUCCCACAUCACCAUCUGGUGCAACGUCAGUAACUAUCAGGGCCCUUCGGAGCAGAAUUUCCAGUGGUCCAUCUACCUGCCCUCUGCCCCUGAGCGUGAGGUCCAGAUCGUCAGCACCAUGGACUCCUCCUUCCCCUACGCCAUCUACACCCAACGUGUCCGAGGAGGGAAAAUCUAUGUGGAGAGGAUCCAGGGGAACUCAGCCCUGCUGCACAUCACUGACCUCCAGGCCAGGGAUGCUGGGGAGUACGAGUGCCACACCCCCAAUACAGAUGAGCGGUACUUUGGGAGUUACAGUGCCAAGAUGAACCUCAAUGUGAUCCCGGACACCCUGCAGGCCACCGCGAUGCCCCAGACCCUGUAUAAAGUGGAGCAGGAUCCGCUGGAGCUCACCUGCGAGGUGUUCACGGAGACUGCGCAGCACAGCCACCUGUCUGUGGCCUGGCUCCGCAGGAAAGGCAGCGAGAAGCCUGUGGAGGUCAUUGCUCUGAGCCGGGACUUUGUGCUGCACUCCAGUAGCGAGUAUGCCCAGAGGCAGAGCCUCGGGGAGGUGCGGCUGGACAAGCUGGGGAGCACCACCUUCCGCCUCACCGUCUUCCAUCUGCAGCCCUCUGACCAGGGCGAGUUCUACUGCGAGGCUGCCGAGUGGAUCCAGGAUCCUGAUGGCUCCUGGUAUGCCAUGACCAGGAAGAGCUCCCAGGGAACCACGGUCAACGUUCAGCCCACUGACAAGGAGUUCACCGUGCGGCUGGAGACAGACAAGCGACUAUACACGGUGGGGGAGCCGGCUGAGUUUAGGUGCAUCCUAGAUGCACAGAAUACCCCUGACCGGUACUUUGCCGUCUCCUGGGCCUUCAACAGCUCUCUCAUUGCCAGCAUGGGGCCCAAUGCCGUGCCCAUCCUCAACAGUGAAUUUGCCCACCGGGAGGCCCGGGGCCAGCUUAAGGUGGCCAAAGAAAGUGACAGUGUCUUUGUGCUGAAGAUCUACCACCUCCGUCAGGAAGACAGCGGAAAGUACAACUGUCGUGUGACUGAAAGAGAAAAGACGGUCACCGGGGAGUUCAUUGACAAGGAGAGCAAGCGUCCCAAGAACAUCCCCAUCAUCGUCCUCCCCAUCACAGAUUACUGGGUAGUUAAAGUCCCCCAGCAGCACCAGCUCCUGCCCCAAGGCCACUUGGAGAGCAGCGUCUCCGUGGAGGUGUCCAGCAAUGCCAGUGUUGUCCUGGAGGGCGAGAACCUGCACUUCUCUUGCAAUGUCCGCACAGCUGGCCGGCCGCAGGGCCGCUUCUCCGUCAUCUGGCAGCUGGUGGACAGGCAGAACCGCCGCAGCAAUAUCAUGUGGCUGGACCGGGAUGGCACAGUGCAGCCAGGCGCAUCCUACUGGGAGCGCAGCAGCUUCGGGGGUGUGCAGAUGGAGCAGGUGCAGCCCAACUCCUUCAGCCUGGGCAUCUUCAACAGCAGGAAGGAGGAUGAAGGCCAGUACGAGUGCCAUGUGACCGAGUGGGUGCGGGCAGUGGAUGGCGAGUGGCAGGUUGUGGGAGAGCGCAGGGCCAGCACUCCCAUCUCCAUCACAGCUCUUGAAACGGGCUUUGCAGUCACGGCCAUCUCCAGGACGCCAGGGGUGACAUACAGUGACUCCUUUGACUUGCAGUGCAUCCUCAAGCCCCACUACCCGGUCCGGGUGCCUGUGUCUGUGACAUGGCGGUUCCAGCCAGUGGGCACUGUUGAAUUCCAUGAUCUGGUGACCUUCACCCGGGAUGGAGGGGUCCAGUGGGGGGACAGGUCCUCCAGCUUCCGAACCCGAACAGCCAUCGAGAAGGCUGAGUCCAGCAACAACGUUCGGCUGAGCAUCAGCCGGGCCAGCGACACAGAAGCCGGCAAGUACCAGUGUGUGGCAGAGCUGUGGCGAAGGAACUACAACAGCACCUGGACGUGGCUGGCCGAGCGGACCUCCAACCUGCUGGAGAUCAGGGUGCUACAGCCGGUGACGAAGCUGCAGGUGAGCAAGUCAAAACGAACACUCACCCUAGUGGAGAACAGACCCAUCCAGCUCAACUGCUCCGUCAAGUCACAGACCAGCCCCAACUCACACUUUGCUGUGCUCUGGUACGUCCACAAGUCCUCGGAUGCUGAUGGCAAGCUCAUCCUCAAGACCACCCACAACUCGGCCUUCGAGUAUGGCACCUACGCCGAGGAGGAGGGCCUGCGAGCCAGGCUGCAGUUUGAGAGGCAUGCCUCUGGGGGCCUCUUCAGUCUCACCGUGCAGCGGGCCGAGGUCAGUGACAGUGGCAGCUACUACUGCCAUGUGGAGGAGUGGCUGCUGAGCCCCAACUACGCCUGGUACAAGUUGGCAGAGGAGGUUUCAGGGCGCACGGAGGUCACUGUGAAGCAGCCAGACAGCCGCCUGAAACUCAGUCAAGCCCAUGGGAACCUGUCAGUGCUGGAGACACAGCAGGUACAGCUGGAGUGUGUGGUCUUGAACCGUACCAGCACAGCCUCCCAGCUGCUUUUGGAGUGGUUCGUGUGGAAGCCCAACCACCCAGAGCGGGAGACAGUGGCACGCCUGAGCAGAGACACCACCUUCCACUAUGGGGAGCAGGCCGCCAAAAACAACCUGAAGGGGCGACUGCACCUUGAGAGUCCUGCCCCCGGUGCCUACCGCCUCUUCAUACAGAAUGCCGCCGUGCAAGACAGUGGCACCUACAGCUGCCGUGUGGAGGAAUGGCUGCCCAGCCCCAGCGGCCUGUGGUACAAACGGGCGGAAGAUACAGCGGGGCAGACGGCUGUCACAGUGACGAGACCAGAUGCUGCCCUGCAGGUGGACACAGUGGUCCCCAAUGCCACAGUGCCUGAGAAAGCGGCUUUCCAACUAGACUGCAGCAUCGUGUCUCGUUCUAGCCAGGACUCCCGCUUUGCUGUGGCCUGGUAUUCCCUGAGGACUAAAGCCAAUGGGAAGGGGAGCAGCCCUGGCCUGGAGGAGCAGGAGGAGGAAGGAGAAGAGGAAGAAGAAGACGACGACGAAGAGGACCCCAUGGAGCGGACAGCUCUGCUGAGUGUGGGCCCAGAUGCAGUCUUUGGCCCUGAGGGUGGCCCAUGGGAGGGCAGGCUGCGUUUUCAGAGACUCUCCCCACUGCUCUACCGGCUCACGGUGCUGCAGGCCAGUCCCCACGAUACGGGCAACUACACCUGCCACGUGGAGGAGUGGCUACCCAGCCCACAGAAGGAAUGGUACCGACUGACAGAAGAGGAAUCAGCCCCCAUCAGCAUUCGCAUUCUGGACACGAGUUCCUCCCUGCAGUCCAUCAUCUGCUCCAACGAUGCGCUCUUCUACUUCAUCUUCUUCUACCCUUUCCCCAUCUUCGGCAUCCUCAUCAUCACCAUCCUGCUGGUGCGCUUCAAGAGUCGCAACUCCAGCAAGAAUUCCGAGGGCAAGAACGGGGUGCCCCUGCUGUGGAUCAAGGAGCCACACCUCAACUACUCUCCCACCUGCCUGGAGCCCCCCGUGCUCAGCAUCCACCCGGGAGCCAUAGACUAAGGGGCCAUGGAGGAGCUGAGGCUCUGUGAUCAGACAGCUGGCGGCACCAAGACUCUAACCUGCAGAGAAUUGUUAGAAGGGUGCCAGGUACCCACCAGUCCCAGCAGUAGGCUGCCUGGAAAAGGUGGUAGUCUUGAUUGGCUGCUUUUGAGCAGAGGUCUUCUCUCCACUGAAGUCGGGUUCUUGUUUUCUUCUGUGUUAGGUAUUGUAGUGAGUAGUUCCAGGUGCCACAUCUACUCACUGGUUUAUAUAGUGUUCUCAGAUAGAUGUUACAGGGGUUCUCAUCCUUUAUAAUAGACUCUGUAAAUCCCUCUGGUUCACCCCAGACAGAUUUUCUUAUGGACAAUUGAUUGAUGGCAGAGGGAGGGGGACAAGCCAAGAAACCUCUCUCAAGACAUUUUGUUUUUGCUUACUUGAAAAUCUCACCGGGAAUCAAGACAUAGCCAAACUUUUUUCUUUUUUUGUUUUUCCUCCUCCUCCUCCUCCUCCUUCUCUUCCUCCUUCUUCUUCUUCUUCCUUUAACUUCCUUAAUGAGACUUGCACAUGAGUUGUAGUGCGGGCCCAAUUUGUAUCUUAUCGUUUUCCUCAGCUGGAGCUGCUGGAACCACUUUGCAGUCAAGAUGAAUGAAAGCAGUGGGAUUUUGCUUCAAAGAGUGACGUUGGUAUAAGACAGAUCGUGUGUAACCCCAUUAGGGCAAGGGAUGCUUACUUUGCCAGCUUUUCACAGAGGCAGAGAAAGGCCUCCUUCCAACCUUGUCCCAAACAAGGAAAACUUUUUUUUUUUUUUGAGAAAAAGGCCAAAACUCCAAACAGCAUAGGUGUUCCCAGGGAAAGUGGGUGGGUAGGCUGCUUCCAGCAGCUUCUGACUUUCCCUUUGAUCCAGUCAGCGAUCUGGGACAGAUCAAGUCAGUCCUGCCAGGCACUCUUGGACUGAUAACCAUAUGCAGAUGGGCUUUGACUAUCAGGUGCUUUGCUAAACUCUUGAGGGAAGGUGAACAAUGAGCCUGGAUGGGGGACAGUCCUGAAUGGAACACAUGGGACCCACAAGCUACCCUGUACACUGACAGGGCACUGGAGUUAGCUGGCAGCUACAUUUCUUGGAGCAUAGGACAGCCACAGACAGCAGCGGGUGAGAAAUCUCCAGAACUUGACCUUGGAGAGGCAUUGCUGCCUCCCUGAAGGAGCAAUCAUGAGGUUUUUCCUCCUGCUCCCAAUUAGAUUUUCCUCAAAUAUCUCAAUGUUUGAUUCUCCGUGUUUCUAUCCCUGCAGCUCUCUGCCAUAAGAAUAUCUGCCCAGGGCCGACCCCACACAGCCCUUAAUCUCAACAGAGAGUGAGCACACACCACUAUCUGCAUUCCCUCUCUGACAUUGGCUGAGGUUCAGUCUAAUGGCAGCUUCAUUUUAAUACCACCUUCCCCACUGUUAGAGCCCACAGAAGACUAAUGCCACCCUCUUAACUGGCAUUAAUGGACAGGAUGUUUGGUUGCAUUCUACUUUAUGUCCUGGUUUGUCCAUAUUUUGCUAAUUCAGGGGGCUGUCUCCCUUUCUCUCAAGGUGGAUCUUGAAUCCCAGGGGAAUGCCUCGCUUGGAAAUGGCCAACUGGGAUUCUGGAAGUAAAGCAAACCAGUGAAUAAACCCGGUUGUAAGAUAGAGCAGAUGCAGGGGAGUGGAGGCUGUGGGGAUGGCCAAGUCCUGUGGGCGUUGAUCCCUCUUGGCGUGUGUGUGUGUGUGUGUGUGUGUGUGUGUGUGUGUGUGUGUGCGCGCGUGUGCGUGCAGGUGGCUUGGGGCUUGGCUGCACUGUCAAAGCCGAGGAGGAUGGAGUUGAGCACUCAGCCCGAAGCCCUACCUUCUCUUCCUGCGGACACACCUGGAUCUUCCUGUGAGUGCAGACACGCCCACAUUCAUCCAUGUUCUUCAUUUAUCACCCUGUACCAACACUUUGGAGACACUUUGCUGGUGAGGAAGAAAGGCAGUCAAUCGUGUCCCAUUCUUUCUCCAUUUAUGGGGUGGGGGGCUCCUGACCCCUGAUUUAGAGACUGAGUCAAUAAGGGAAGAAGUGUGACUUUGUCGGAAUGGAAAGCUGCCAGCAGGCAUGCGUGACUAAAUGUGUCCUGCUUCACAGCUAUAGAGAUGUAGGUGCUGCACGUAAUUAAAUAUGUGAAGCAGCUGGAAGACAGUUGAAAGGACAGAAAACAAACAAACAAAAAAAAAAAAAGAAACCGGAGCCAGUAUUUUAAUAAAAGAAUUUUUUUUUUCCUGUGUAUUUUCUAUCGGGCUGGAGAGGCCAUCCAGCUUUCUAUGAAAUCCCCCAAAACCUUUCUUUGGCCAUUUCUAUGAAAAUGUGGUGUUGGAUGAAUGGUUAUGGCGCCCUUCAGUGGCUGAAAGGCCUCACAGCACUUUGCCAACAGGAGCUUUAGCCCCAUCUGAGACCAGGGCAGGAAGCAAACUGUGGACUGGAUUACUCUCCGGACGCUACGUCAAAGAUGUCACAUUCAUGACAAACCACAGUGUGCUAGGCCCAUUCCAGGACAUGGAUACGACCGCACCCUCUUUCACUGGGGUGUUUCUGUAGCAAGUUUUCGUAUUCUUUUAAAUCAAUGGUUUCUCUGCGCAGUUGUUGCAGGAAAAAAAAAAAAAAGCAGGAUGGGGGUGAAAAUACUACCCACGCAUGAUGUAGAGAGCUGUUGAUUUGGUUUUGUUUGCUUUUUUUUUUAAAGGAAAACUAUUUGUAAGAUGUUGCACUAAAAUGUUUUAUAUACAUUCAGAGAUGAGUAGUAAAUUAUGUUGAAAACAUA